CCUGUGUACCACUCAAGGCUGCCUGCAGUGCUGAACUUUUCAAAAAAAAAGUUUGCUGUGAAGUUUGGAGGCGCGGGAUCAGGGGUUCGAACCGAGGAUUCUCCCGACGCCUGAAAAACUGCCUCGCCUUGCCUGAUGAUAACACAGAAAACCUGGGCACCACGUUUGAAUGGAUGUAUAAGUUAGUCGUGGAAUCGUAAGAAAUCUCGGAACUUUAAAACUGCAAGCAAUGGGGGAUUUAAAACUCUGGAAUUUACUUUGGGGACUCUUACUGACUGCGCUGUGUGAAGCUCUGCAGUGUGUGGACAACCACCGUCCAUGUGAGAACAACGGUCAGUGCAUCGGGAGUCCUCACGGGGAUGCGUCAUGCCUGUGUCGGCCUGGUUACCUUGGGGACCUGUGCCAGUUUCCUGAUCCGUGUCAAAGGUCACCGUGUUUAAACCGAGGAAUAUGCUCCAGUUCGGUGGUGGACGGCUCGGCGCGGUACUCCUGCAGCUGCACGCGAGGGUUCCGAGGAGUGAACUGCUCGCAGGUCGACGCCUGUGCCACAAACCCUUGUGCCAACGGAGCCCGCUGCAGCAACUGGAACAACCGCUAUAACUGUACCUGCGCCCCUGGCUUCACGGGGAAGCACUGCCGUACGGACAUCGACGAGUGCAAGGCACCAAAGCUCUGCAGGAACGGAGGGCUGUGCGUCAACGCCCCCGGCACGUUCCACUGCCAGUGCCCGGCCGGCCUCACCGGGCGCCAGUGCGAGAGCGUCUACGUCCCUUGCGCUCCCUCACAGUGCCAGAACGGAGGAACCUGCCGGCAGACCGGCGAUCUGACCUACGAGUGUGCCUGCUUGCCAGGUUUUGAGGGACAGAAUUGUGAGAUUAACAUCGACGAUUGCCCCAAGCACAACUGUGGGCACGGCGGGACCUGCAUCGAUGGGGUGAACACCUACAAUUGCCAGUGUACACCUGAGUGGACAGGUCAGUUCUGCACUGAAGACGUCGAUGAGUGUCACCUGCAGCCCAAUGCCUGCCACAAUGGUGGCACUUGCUUCAACACUCAAGGCAGCCACACGUGUGUCUGCGUCAACGGGUGGACGGGGGAUGACUGCAGCGAGAACAUUGACGACUGUGCCACGGCGGUCUGUUUCCAUGGCGCCACGUGUCACGACCGAGUGGCGUCCUUCUUCUGCGAGUGCCCCGUUGGGAAGACAGGCUUGCUGUGCCACCUCGAGGAUGCUUGUGUUAGCAAUCCGUGUCACGAAGGGGCCAUCUGUGACACCAACCCAGUGAACGGGGAAGCCAUCUGCACGUGCCCCUCGGGAUUCUCCGGGCCUGCUUGCAAUCAGGAUGUGGACGAAUGCUCAAUAGGGGCCAAUCCGUGUGAACACUUUGGGAAGUGUGUGAAUACUGAGGGCUCCUUCCAGUGUCAGUGUGGGAACGGCUACACUGGCCCUCGCUGUGAGACGGAUAUCAACGAAUGCCUCUCCAUGCCCUGCCAGAAUGAUGCCACCUGCCUCGAUCGCAUUGGGGAAUUCACAUGUAUCUGUAUGCCAGGGUUCACCGGGACCUACUGCCAGAUUGACAUUGACGAGUGUGAGAGCAACCCAUGCGUCAACAACGGCGCAUGCACUGACAUCAUCAAUGGUUUCGUCUGCAAGUGUCCAUCAGGCUUCACUGGAGCAAUGUGCCACAUUGACGUUGACGAAUGUGCGAGCACCCCCUGCCAGAAUGGAGCCAAGUGCUUCGACAGGCCGAACGGAUACGAAUGCAAAUGUGCAGAGGGAUUUGAGGGGAAAGUGUGCGAGAGGAACACAGAUGACUGCAAUCCGGACCCGUGCCACCAUGGCACCUGCAGCGAUGGCAUCGCCAGCUUCACGUGCCAGUGUGAGCCAGGCUACACGGGCUACCGCUGUGAGAACCAGAUCAAUGAGUGCCACAGCAACCCGUGCCAGAAUUCGGGGAAGUGCAUGGACCUGGUGAACAAGUACACUUGCCACUGCCUGCCGGGAACGUCAGGUGUCAACUGUGAGAUCAACCAUGAUGACUGCGCCAGCCAACCCUGCGAUUACGGGAUCUGCCACGAUGGGAUUAACCGCUACGACUGCAUUUGCAAACCAGGCUUCACAGGGCCACAGUGCAAACUUAAAAUCGAUGAGUGCGCUUCAAGUCCGUGCCAGAAUGGUGGCACGUGCAUUGACGGUGAGGACAGCUUCUCCUGCCUUUGCCCGGAGGGUUACCACGAUCCCCUGUGUUACUCUGAGGUGGAUGAGUGUAGCAGCGGUCCCUGCAUACAUGGAUCCUGCCACGAUGAUGUUAACGGGUACAAGUGUGAUUGUGAGGCGGGAUGGACUGGAAUGAACUGCGACAUCGGCAAGGAUGAAUGUAAUUCCAACCCCUGCCAGAACGGAGGGACCUGUUCUGACCUGGUGAACGGUUACCUUUGCAAAUGCAAAGAAGGCUUUCGAGGCCAGCACUGCCAACUCAACAUCAAUGAUUGUGCCUCAAACCCGUGCUUAAACAAAGCCAUCUGUGUGGAUGGAAUUGCAAGUUACUCUUGUCAGUGUGAACUCCCUUAUACAGGUGAGAACUGUGAGAAUGUGCUGGUUCCAUGUUCCCCCAACCCCUGUGAGAACGGUGGCUUCUGUGACCACACUCUUGACUACGAGGACUUUGUGUGCACCUGUGCAGACGGCUGGCAAGGACACAUCUGUCAAGUGGAUGUUGACGAGUGUGCAUCAAACCCUUGCAAGAACCGAGGCACUUGCACCAACACGCUGGGGAGCUAUAUUUGUACGUGUGGGCCGGGCUUUGCAGGUCAUGACUGUGAGACCGAUGUCAAUGACUGUAACCCAAACCCCUGCGUGAACGGUGGUUCCUGCCUGGAUGGCGUCAACUCGUUCGUUUGCAGCUGCCUGCCGGGCUUCACGGGCACCAAGUGCGCCGACGAGGUCAACGAGUGCGAGAGCAGCCCGUGCCGCAAUGGAGGCUCCUGCACGGACUACGUCAACAGCUACACUUGCAGCUGCAAGGCCGGGUUCAAUGGGCUUCACUGUGAGAACAAUAUUCAGGACUGCACAGAGAGCUCCUGCUUCAAUGGAGGGACCUGCGUAGACGGUAUUAACAUGUAUACCUGCUACUGCCGCUCGGGCUUCACCGGUUCCAACUGCCAGCGCGACGUUGACGAAUGUUACUCCCAGCCGUGCCUGAAUGGUGGGGUGUGCGUCGAUGGGCUGGAGACUUACAGGUGUACCUGUCCCCACGGUUACACAGGGGACCGGUGUCAGCAGGUGACGACGGACUGGUGCAGCAAGUUCCCCUGCAAGAACGGCGGGCAGUGUCGCGCGACGAGGCAGUCCUUCACCUGCGACUGUGUAAGCGGUUGGACCGGACGCUACUGUGACAUCCCCAGCAUGUCCUGCGAAGUGGCUGCAGCACAGAGAGGAGUGGCCGUCACCCAGCUCUGCCACCACGGUGGGUCGUGUUUCAGCGCUGGCAGCACUCAUUACUGCGUCUGUCCCAAGACCUACUCUGGCAGCUACUGUGAGAUCGAGGUGGACCAGUGUGCCUCCAACCCAUGUCACAACGGCGCCACCUGCAGGAGCUACAUCGGAGGCUACCGAUGUGAGUGUAUGCCGGGAUACAAGGGCAAAACCUGCAAGACGGAUGUGAAUGAAUGCGAAUCAAACCCCUGCCAGAAUGGAGGCACUUGCCUUGACCUGAUUGGCCGCUACAUCUGCUCCUGCCCACCAGGAACUCUGGGCGUGCUCUGUGAAAUUAAUGAAGAUGAUUGUGGUCCGUCCCCUCACGCGAAUGUGCCGAAGUGUAUGAACAACGGGACUUGCAUGGAUAGGAUCGGGGGCUACACCUGUAAUUGUCCUCCAGGAUUCACUGGCGAUCGGUGUGAGGGUGACAUCAACGAAUGCCUGUCAAGCCCCUGCAAUCUGAAGACCACCAUCGACUGCGUCCAGUUGCCAAAUGACUACCAGUGCGUCUGCAAACCGGGAUACACAGGCCGCCACUGCAAGAGUGUGGUCAACAUGUGCGACUCACGGCCCUGUCAGAACGGGGGCCGCUGUGAAGUCACCACCAACACCCCCCUUGGCUACACCUGCAAGUGCCAGCUGAGUUACACCGGACGCAACUGCGAGCGGAGCGUACGGAGAUGCCAAGACACGGUCUGCCGGAGCGGCGAGCUGUGCGUCGAAACGGUGCUGGGUGCCCGCUGCCAAGCCCAGCCCAACAGCACCUGUGCCAGCCGCCCGUGCCGCAACGGUGGGGUGUGCAGGCCCAGCCACCAGCCCCCCUUCUACCAUUGCCUGUGCCCCAAGGGGCUGAUUGGGCGUCACUGCGAGAUCCCGCGGCCGUACCCGCCACCGGUUAGGGAGGUGGGCUGCCCCCUGCAGGAGUGCCAGCGCAAGGCGGGCGACGGCUACUGCGACCGGGAGUGCAACACCCACAGCUGCCAGUGGGACGGGGGUGACUGCUCGCUGUCCGUCGACAACCCCUGGAAGGAGUGCAACUUCCAGCAUUGCUGGCGCUACUUUAACAACAACGUCUGCGACGAGGUCUGCAACACCCACAAGUGUCUGUACGACAACUUCAACUGCCAGAGCCAAGAGAGGGCCUGCAAUCCGUUGUACGAGAAGUACUGCGCGGACCACUACGGCGACCAGCGCUGCGACCAGGGCUGUAACAACGAGGAGUGCGGUUGGGACGGUCUGGACUGUGCAGCGGGCAUCCCGGAGCAGCUGGCAGAGGGCACGCUCAUCAUCAUCGUGCUGCUGCCCCCUGACGAGCUGCUGAAGAGCGGCGCCAACUUCCUGCAGAAGCUGGGCUCCAUCCUGCGCGCCACCCUACGCUUCAAGAGGGACAGCAAUGGCCAGUACAUGAUCUACCCUUACUACGGCACCAGCUCCCACCUCAAGAAGCGCUCGGCGGCCCACGGGCGGAGUCCUAGAGAGCUUGGACAGGAGAUCAUCGGCUCAAAGGUGAAUCUGGAGAUUGACAACCGACUGUGCCUCCAGGGGGUGGGAGAAUGCUUCCCGACGGCAGAGAGUGCAGCUGCCUACAUGGGGGCUUUGUCCGCAGUUGGGAACCUCCACUUCCCGUACCCCAUCAAGGACGUCAAAAGCGAGCGACUGACACUGCCGUCGCCCCCCAUGAACCUGCUGCCGCUCAUGAUCGUGGCCGCGGUGAUUCUCACGAUCAUCCUCAUCCUCGGCGUGCUGGUGGCGAGGCGCAAGAGGGAGCAGAGCCUGCUCUGGUUCCCCGAGGGCUUCACCUUGAAGAAGGACAACAGCAACAAAAACCGCCGCGAGCCCGUGGGACAGGACGCCCUGGGGAUGAAGCACAUCUCCAAGUCUAUGGUGGAGGAGGGUCUGAUCAGCGAGCGAGACCUGCAGACCGAGCAGUGGUUGGACACUGAAUGUCCUGAAGCAAAGAGGCUCAAGGUGGAGGAGCCAACCUCCUUGUCGGAUAACGAAGACGCAGUCGACUGCCGCCAGUGGACGCAGCAUCACCUUGCUGCUGCAGAUAUCCGGAUGCCUCCCUCCAUGGCCCUGACUCCUCCGCAGGGAGAGUUUGAUUCCGACUGUAUGGAUGUCAACGUCAGAGGCCCAGAUGGUUUCACUCCGCUGAUGUUGGCUUCCUACUGCGGCGGGGGGCUUGACACCGGCUUGGCCGAGGAAGAGGAACAGGAAGACUCGUCGGCCAACAUCAUCUCUGACCUCAUCUACCAGGGAGCCAACCUGUGCGCCCAGACAGACCGGACGGGAGAGACCGCCUUGCACCUGGCCGCCCGCUAUGCACGGGCGGAUGCCGCCAAGCGACUGCUGGAUGCGGGGGCUGAUGCAAAUGCCCAGGACAACACUGGGCGCACUCCGCUCCACGCUGCCGUCGCAGCUGAUGCCCAAGGGGUCUUUCAGAUUCUCAUAAGGAAUCGAGCUACAGACCUAGACGCACGGAUGGUGGACGGCUCCACGGCUCUGAUUCUCGCUGCCCGGCUUGCCGUGGAAGGAAUGGUGGAGGAAUUAAUAGCGUGCCAUGCUGACGUCAACGCUGUCGAUGAGAUAGGUAAAUCGGCGCUUCACUGGGCUGCGGCAGUGAACAAUGUCGAUGCCACGCUGGUCUUGCUGAAGAAUGGAGCCAACAAGGACAUGCAGGACAGUAAGGAGGAGACGCCGCUAUUCCUGGCUGCCCGGGAAGGAAGCUUUGAGGCAGCGAAGAUGCUCUUGGACCACUUCGCUAACCGGGACAUCACGGACCACAUGGACCGCCUGCCCCGCGACAUUGCGCAGGAGCGGAUGCACCACGACAUCGUGCAGCUGCUGGACGAGUACAACGCCGUGCGAAGCCCGCAGGGGGCUGGUGGGCACUCCAUGUCCCCCCUCAUGUGCCCCCCCAACGGCUACCUGGGCAACCUCAAACAGACGCCCCAGGGCAAGAAAGCCCGGAGGCCCAGCUCAAAGAACUCGGCUCCCGGCACCUCUGGCAACCUGAGCAAGGAGUUGAAGGAUGCGAAGCCAAAGGGCAAGAAGCUGAGCUUGGAUUGCCAGGCCUCGCUCCUGGAGAGCUCCGUGACGCUGUCUCCAGUGGACUCCCUGGACUCACCGCGGACCUACGUCGCCAACCCCGCCUCCCCCGUGGUGGCCACCUCGGGGAUCCUGCACCCGGCCAACUCCCUGUCCAUGCUGGCCACCCCGCCUGUCGGCAGCAUCCUCGAGGGCCCCUUCACUGUUUCGCUGGCCCGGCUGGGUGACUUGGGCGAGCUGGCGGGUCAGAGUGCGACUGCCGCUGUCCUCUCCAUGGGCCGUGGGCCCCAGCUGCCUCGCCUCUCCGUGCCGCAGAUGGUAGCCCAGCCUGGCUGCCUGCUGAGUGGCGGCAACCUGGGCCUCAACAUGAGCACCUUCGAGUGGCGUGCCCGCGCGGGCAGCUCACAGCACGGUCUCCUCCUGCCUCAGGCCAGCCACCUGACCAUGGCUGGCAUGGGGCCACAGCUCAUGGGUCAACAGAGCCCCGUCAAGAACCCGGCCGAGCAGCCAGCCGCCCCCUCGCAAACCCCCAACGGACAGCCGAGGUGCAUCCCGCCUUCUGCCGCCGCCGCCGGCCUCUCCGUCCAGCAGGGCCUGCUGAGGGGCGAGGUAGUGCGGAGGGCCGAGCGCAGCCAGGCCCUCUCCCCCCAGGAGGCUCAGCCGUCUCAAGCCGGCCUUCCGGCCUUCUUCAAGCAGCACGGCGGUGCCCCGUCUGAGGACUAUCUGCCCCCCACCUCGAAGCACAGCUACACAGCGGGGCACGACGGCGCGCCCAAGCAUUACCUCCACCUGAAGAACGAGCACCCGUACCUGACCCCGUCACCGGAGUCUCCAGAACAGUGGUCCAGCCCCUCGCCACACUCCAUGUCUGAUUGGUCAGACUCCAGCCCCAGCCCGGCCAUAAUCGGACACCAGGCCCAGAUGCAGCACAUGACUGAACAAGUAACCAAAAUGCAAGUUUUUGCAUAAAAUACUUCAUUCGAUUUUUUUUUUCAAAAGAAGAAUACCUAAAGGAUAUAAGGACCUGGGCUGAUGUUUAAUUUUUGUGAUUCCUGCUCUCAUUAUCUCAAAGAGACAGGUGGGAAGGAGCUAGUUCUGAGUCAACACUGCCAGGACCUACAGUGGGAUCAUCUUUUAAUUCUGAAAUUCCUGGAGAUUUUUUUCAUUUAACAAAGCAAAAGACUGAAGGAUUUCGGCCUCACUGUUCUCACUGCCUGUUAAAGCGCCGAUGAGGUCCACUGUUACAUUUUUAUCACUUCCGUCAAGGGUUUAAAAAUCCUUCACUACUGCCCAAGCCAAUGAACCCUCUCCCGCCACAGUCCCGACUCGGUUCUCUGAACACUGGUGUGACUGAUAUCUGACACCCUCAGGCGUUUGCCAGUUCCCAUUUAAAAAAAAGAUGGCUUCAGAAAGACUCGGGCCAGUAAACUGACACUGCCAUCUUUCGUGAGUAAGGAGGAGACAGUGCCACAUAACUAACCUGUUACAGUAGAUGCAGUUCCAAUUCCAUGGGACUCCAAUGUGGCCUGGAAUCUCCAAUGAUCUGUAAGCAUUAUAGUAAUUCCUGAGGUAAUUCUCUAACUCACUAAAUCCUCAAGCACGAAAAUGCUGCCAUUUCGUUAUGUAUAAUUGUUAUGACUUCCUUCUCUGCAGUCCUCUUCUUUUACUCAGUUUAAAAAGUUGCUAACACUUACUGCCUUUGGGAAUUGCUGCCAUGUGUCACUAUGAUUAUUUAAGUGUUUCAGAGGAACACUUGUUAUUUCUUUUUAUUGUCCAUUAUAAGGAGAGAGUCUGUGAGAUCUUUCUCAGAAGUCUCCAAAAUCUCGACACUACAGUUGAAAAAUCAGAGUUUGAUGACAAACCUUGGCCUCAAAAACCAUCUGAAUUCAAGCCAACUGUAGCACAGGGCUUGUACUGAGUUUAUCAUCAGCCAAUAGAUAAUCAGUGAGGUUUUCCAAUUCAUAGAACCCACGUCAGCCAUACUCAGAAGCUCAAACGUUCUGAAUUACCAGUUUCCUGACGAUUAUAUGCUUUUAUUUUUUUUCCAGGAAAUGUCAAAUAUUCUUUCCACUGUAGUUAUUUACCAGAAGAGUCAUCUUGAUACUGCCCUUCAAAGAAGGAACAGGUUUAUUCUAGUGCAACUUUGAGUUGUUUAACCUGGCUCUUCUUUGUGGGCGUGAAUCCGGCUGGUAACAGUUUGGGUGAAAAUCGCUGUCCGAUUUGUAACGGGAAUUGUUUGAUUGGAAUCAAACCAUCCACACUGCCCUUGUCUAGAGACUUGAAAUCCCCUUCAUGUUCGGAUCAGAACAGAUUUCUGGGCCUUGGUUAGCUGCUCCAUGCAGCUGAAUCCAGUGACAGAUGUUAUUACAGUAGAACGCCUGAAUUUUCCCCCUUGAUUCAAAUUCCUACUGCUGAACCUCUGACAGUAUGAGUGCCCAGAUUUUAAUUUGAUGGGACCAGCGAGUGGUUAAACACCAGGGUUUGUCCAUAAGUCUUUGGAGCAGAAUUAGGUCAUUUGGCCCAUCGAUUCUGCUCCACCAUUUGAUCACAGCUGCUUGGUUUCUCUGUCAGUUCUUCAGAUCCGUUCCGUGCAUGCAGCCUAUCCCCCAACUACGUCGGGCAGUACAAACUCUCUUCAUGAGCCUGGGCAAAGGGGCACAAGUUAGAGUGCAAAGCAAGUUGUAUGUAUUACCGUGAAUUCAUGGUGUUGUCUUUUUCUAAUUUAAUUCAGAGGCCUACUGGUUAAUCCAGAGCAAGAUCUUUUUUUCUAACUUCCCCCUUAUCCCAGGAUGGGAGAUUCAUUUUGCAACACUAGUAGAUGCUAUGAAAACGAAGAGCUUUUUACCCAGACCAGGAUCACCCUUUGGCGACCUGGAGUCCAGAGAGCCUUGAAAUCAAUUGGCUUGGGGUGCGAUGAGGUGGACGAGGAAAGUUUCCCCUUGUGCUUUUGGUUUGUUUCAAAUCUUGGACUCACUGGGUAAAGCUUCCCCAUCCCAAAUGGGUUGAUAUGCUGUGCCGGUGUGGCCACAAGAGGAAGGAGAAGGGUAGCGCUAUCUUGUGGUAGACAUGGAGGAAACUGUGAUCUGAACUCAGCAGACUGUCCUGUUGUUGGCCAGGUUUCAUUGACUACUAACACAUAACCAAAAAAAAAUAGGGUAGAAACAUUUUUUAUAUCCUUUUUUUAAAAACAAUAAUAGAUAGGCCUGGGCAAAUAGAACUGGGGAAUGAGCAGCCAAGCCUAGAGAAGGAGAAGAGGCAGAUGAUGAGUCAGGUGGGGUGUGGCGUGAGAGAUAUUGUGUUGAGGCUUGUAGACGUGGAGGAUAACGUAGAGAUAUUAAGCCCGAGGGGGUCAGGAGAGGUGCAGGGUGUGAGGAAGAGAGAGAUAAUGGUUACCUUGCUUUCUAUCAUGGAUGGAACAGACAAGGUAAAGCUAAUUCAAAAUCACUCGGAUUCUCUUAUUUAAUUCUUGCAAAGCUUAUGAAAGAGGGAGAGCACCAGACAGCUGGGUUACUUCCUACCAGAGGACUGAAAUUAUGAAGGACCUAUAUAUAUAUAUUAUAUAUUUUUUCUCAAUAUUCUUGCUCAGAAAACACAACUGAAAACAGUAGAAUGUACAUUUAUAGCAUUAACUGAUUUUUUUUUAAAAAAAAGACAACAAACUGUAAAUAAAUCAAACUGAAGAACAAAAAAAACAUUUACUCAUUUCAAAAGUACUUCGUUGUUUGAAAUGUUUUAUGUACUCAAAAUAAAAAUUUUAUUUCCUAUUAGUCAUAUAUCACACAGAAACACAGCCAAUGUACUUGGCAGUUUAUUCUUAGAAGGAUUUUCUAGGCAUUUUAUAAUACUUCAAGACUUUUUACAAAAAAAAAUGUAGCUUUAAUCUGUACAGAAAAGUAUUUUAAGUCACGUCUUUUGUAUGCAAGAAGUACAGGUUCUGAGGUGAAUAUACUUCCAAAUAAAGCUGUAGGAAACUUCA